UUAUAAAUAGGAGACUGGGGCCGGCGCUGGACGCGCACUGUUGUCUUCCUGCCUCCGCACUGACGUCUGCAGGACACGGAAAAUGCCUGAUCCUGCAAAAUCAGCUCCUGCGCCCAAGAAAGGCUCCAAAAAGGCCGUGACUAAAACCCAAAAGAAAGGAGACAAAAAGCGUCGCAAGACCAGGAAAGAAAGCUAUGCGAUAUACGUGUACAAGGUGCUGAAGCAGGUGCACCCGGACACGGGGAUCUCCUCCAAAGCCAUGGGGAUCAUGAAUUCGUUUGUCAACGACAUCUUUGAGCGCAUCGCCGGGGAAGCGUCCCGCCUGGCGCACUACAACAAGAGAUCCACCAUCACGUCCAGGGAGAUCCAGACCGCCGUGCGCCUGCUGCUGCCCGGUGAGCUGGCCAAGCACGCCGUGUCCGAGGGUACAAAGGCCGUCACCAAGUACACCAGCUCCAAGUAGAGGCGCACAGAAGCUCCACACGAGGGGGACAACAGUCACCAAAUGUCCACCAAGACGAUGUUGAACUCCCACCGCUGUGUUGUUGGCUGAUUACCUUGACAAAACUCGUUUGUGAUUUUUGCACCAUUGCCGGAUUUUGAAGAGAAUCUAUUGAACAGAGGCCUUUCGUCGAAUGUAUUGAUGCACUGCAACUGUAGCCUGCCAUUUUGUUUUAACUAAACGUUUUAUUUCAGAGCAGUUUUUCCACUGACCAUUCAAUACAGUCAGAGCGAAUUUAAGUCGAUGUUCAUAAACUGUGGAAGUCUUUUUUUUGUUUGUUUUGCUUUGCAUCGUUUUAAUACUGAUUUGUACACACGCACCUUAGAAAAUGACCAAACUUUACCGUCUGUGAUGGCGCAGCUGAAAACCAUUGUGAGAUUAAACUUGUGACUUACUACCA